AAUAUAAAACAAAACUUACUACUGAAUUAGAUGAUACAAAUACUGGUAUACCUGAUGAAAUAGGAUUAAAAGCUUCUAUGUUAGAUCCUCAAGUGUUAAAAUUACUUCUAUUUAUUACUAAAGAUAAAUGCAAAAAUACUGAGACACAACUUUAUGCAGAGUUAGAAGCAUUAGAAGCUUAA